AUGACAUGGGGACAAUUCCUAGAUCACGAUGUCACCUUAACAGAGCUGCCUGAAGGCUUAGAUUGUGGAAUAAACAAUGCACCAUGCCAACCCAUUCCUGGAUGUGUUAACAUAAAAAUCCCGAAUGGAUUAGAACUGUUAUUUAACGAAUCUGUACAAUGCAUUCCUCUUGCCAGGUCUGUGAGAAACCCAGCUGGUGACCAGGUUAGUGGAGUAUUUAACUCUUUCAUAAAUGUCCAGUGAUACACAGAAUGGCGUCUAUUUCAUGUGGUUUUCCACAGGCAGCCCAAGCUCAGUAUGAGAGUUUAAUCAUUAACACGUGUGGUAUCCUAUUGCGUAAUCCUCAAAACCAUCGUGAACUUAAAGUGCUUAAAUGGAAAUUAGGUAAGAGAUUCAAGAAGAUCAAUACUCGCUGGAAUUUCCAACAAAGAAAAAUGCUUAACUUUGUUAAGUUAGUUAUUGUUUGCUUCCUGUGUGAUUUUUUUCCCGAUCUGAUGCGAUUUUAGGAGAAGAAACACAGUGAUGGAAAAAAAUAAAAAAUUGCUAAAUUCGCAUCAGCACACAUGAAGCAUGUCAAUGAUUAAACUCUCAUAGUUUGGGCUGUCUGUGGAUUUUCCAGAGUGGGAAAGUUUUCCAGACGCGAGAACCCUUAAGAAUAGAACACAAACUAGGUUUUGAGUGAGAGUAGGACUAAACGUUCUAAGUAAAAGUUAUGCAUAAGCGAAACAGGCUAGACUAGGCUGCCGUUUCCGCGAACAUCUUCGAGGUGUUGAAAGAGACGCAUUAAAGCUCCCACUUUAAUGUUACAAAUAAGGCCAGCCAAAAACGUGGUAAUCAUCUGCAGUGUCACAUGGCACUAACAAAAGACUCCAGGGUUUGAAUGACACUCAGAGUCCAUGGAAAAGCAUUAUUUACUCGUUGGCAUACACUAUUAUCAUUCGAUGCAAAUUUUUCUUCCUUUUCAUUGGCCUAGAGCCCACCACGUGAUCUGCAAAUAACUCCAACAAAUAAUGGUCUUUUCAUGCGAAAUGUCGUCCAACUGUGUUUGGCUGCAAAAAAUCUUCUGCUCAUGUGUAAAUGAAACCUCGCUUUUCUCCUCCUUGCAAUCGCUCUUCCGUUAAAAUGGCAGAUUGCUUCCAGUCAAUGAGUUUAUUCAUAUUUAUAAAUAUUUUCAGUACUCAGCCUCGUCUGAUAAUUGUUAAAAUGUUAUUUUUCAUUUGAAAUAAAUAUUAUCUCUUAUACCAAUAACGUCUUUGAAUUAUUAUUUCAGAUAAAUAUUAUUACCGCUUAUGUUGACGGGUCACAAGUGUACGGAUCAAGCGAUGAAUUAGCUAAACAGCUUCGAAGUCCCAAAGGCCAUGGACUUCUAGAUACGGUGCCACUGAGAAACAUUGGAGGCCUACCAAGACUUCCUGAUGCUAGUGAAGAAGCUUUCUGUAGAUCUCCCAAUCCAGAAGAAAAACCUUGCUUUAUUGCUGGCGAUGCUCGAGUCAAUGAAAAUCAAGGUAGAAAAGACAUUCUCUUUUUAAAAAUCUUUCAAAUCACCAAUCAAAAUUCAAGUCAAAAGAAAACAGAUUCAUAUUAUUUAAGAUAGUAUCAUUCAGUGAAAGUGCCGCCCAAGACACAUAAUUCGUUUUGUGUGUUUUGUCAUCUUACUAUUCAUUUGAUUCAUUUACAAUCACUGCUUAUUAAAGAUAAAGGGAGACAGAAUGAAUGAAUGAAAGAAAAGAAAACUAAAGAAAGAGAUAAGAUAGAAUGGAAAAGGGCAAGAUAUGGCUAAACUAAUUCAAAAUAACCUUUAAAUCAAAGUAGGCACAAUUUGCACUGUAACAAGCAAGGUUUGAAUGACAUGUACGUGUAGCAUUUCACGGCGCUCACUUAGAAUAUAGCCUGCGAACAGGCUCCAGAAAGCGGAGCGAAAAAAAAACGGCGAAGGAAGCAAGCCCAUGUGUGCACGAAUGUUAUUGAAGCCAAUGUAUUCAAACGUAAAAAAAAACUAAUUUGACAAGUCUAAUUACCUUAUUCACAUAUUUGUUAGAGAAUAAUUGCAAGUGGAUGCGCUACGAUAGAUGCAAACUGGUUAAAAAACUGGUAUUAUAGUAAUUAACUAACAAGAGUCUAAAUUUUCAUUCAAAACUCGUCUCUUAAUCAGCAUAAAGGAAUAACCGUGGAGUAAUUUUAUUGCAGCUCUUAUGGCGAUGCACACUUUGUGGGUCCGCGAGCACAACCGUAUUGCAACAAACCUUAAAUUACUCCGUCCCUACGCGGAUGACGAGACACUGUUUCAAGAGGCGCGUAAGAUUGUAACAGCAGAGCUUCAACAUAUCACCUAUAAUGAGUGGCUUCCAGUAUUAUUCCCCAGUAAAGAAUUGGUAAGAACUUUAUCAAAGUACGUUAAUUAUAUCCCCACCUAUGAUGAGUCCUCUUACGGCCUCUUGAACUAACUUGUUCUUCUGUUGAUAAUCAUUUCACUAAAAAUUCUUAGGCAUUUAAUUAAUUUAACUGAUAGAACGUACUGUGGUUUAGAAUUUGACUUCCCUAAAAGCAUACGUGAUGGGUAAUGCGCAAUUAAUUUCCUAGGAGACCCACAGAUUGAUGAGACUUAAGAACCAGUAAACAAAUUUCAAAUUGUUAAGUUUUUAAUUUUUUUUUUUUUUCUUAAUUCAGUCUCUAUGUUAUUUGAAAUAACGUUUUGGCUACGAAUCUCAGCCUUAGUCAAAUUCUUGAGAUGUUUUUAAGUUUAAUUUUACCUUAGCCGUUCUUCAAAAAAGGUUUCGUACUGAAAAAGAGUCACUGUGUAACUGUCAGUUCAAUGCCGGAAAAAAGAAAUGUUCACCAGUGCAGAGAAUAAGUUCUUUGUUUAAUACAAUAAAAAAAACAGUAAAUUUUAAAAUCAUUUUAAAAAAUUUUGAAUAGUUAAACUCUCACGGAGGAAUUCUUUCCUAAAUUUUAACUUCGCUUUAAAAUACAAUACAUCUGCACUUUGUCACUAGUUUACUGAUUCGCUAAAAAAUAAUGCUCUAACUUGGGAACUGGUAAAUGCGUCAUGUUGUCAAAGUGACAAUUUUGCAUGAUUCUUACCUUUGCAAUCAUUUAUUCUUUUACUUCUUUCCUUCUGCUCUAACGCUUGGCCCAACGCGCACGUAUGUUGAGCUCUAACUCAUUUUAAGCUAAGUCUAAACUAAGGGGGCCUCCAUACUUGGAAAAAAAACGGCCACUUAUCUGAUAACUGAUCGGCGAGAGCACACACAUUAUUUGCGUCAUCCUUGCCCCGCAUUAAUACAAGAGAGCGCAUUUUAAAAAUGUUUUUAUAUUUCUUUUUCAGAGAAAAGAAUUUAAUGUUCUUUUAGAACCUAAAGGAAAAUUCUUCACUGGAUAUCAGUGACCCCGAAGUGAAUAUGCAAUGCACCAACGUUUUCUCUACAUCCGCUCUGAGAAUGGGUCACAGUUUAAUUCGCGCCGUUUUUGAUUUGACAGCAGGCGACGGCACCUUUAGUCGAUUUAGAGGAUCUGAUCGGUCCCUGCCUAGAGCCAUUCGCUUUAGUGUUGACGUUGACUUCUUCGACCCAACAAGGUUUUUUAAUAAAGAAGAACAAAGCGUCUUUACAAGAAUACUUAUCGGGCUAACAUCUAUCGAAGCCCAGACUCCCGAUCGGUAAGUAGAACGCUCUUUUACCCUUAAUGAUAUUUAGACUGGGCUUGAUUUAGGUCCCUAGGACUCUAACUCCAGGAGUAUACUAUUUUAACUGACGCAGCACGCCAGGAAAGUCUACAGAGCUGAAGGUGGUUACUGCCCUCUCCAUUUCCUGAUCCCACCAUAUCGGAUCCAUUUAACCAAGACUGCAGUUAUAGCUUUGUCUUCACAGUCAGCCCCACUGAAGGUCAAACUCCCAUCCUUUGUAGUAUUCUUUCCGCUUAACGUUGUGCUCUUUUAUACUCCAUCAUACCCUUUUAUGUCGUACAGUCUUAAUAGCCUCAUGUGGUUAACCUUUCAUGAGAACGCUACACGACUCCCUUUAUUGCCGGUAUAGUGUAACCUAACGCUGUGUUGACACCACACCUAUAGCUCUUGCGUAGGCACGAAAACUAUACCGGAUAGGGCUUCUUUUCACACAUAAAUUAUUCUAAUGUGGUCUAUGUGAUAUGGAUUAAGUCGGUUUCACUAAUCGACACUUACAUCCACGCAUCACACAAGUUCAAACUCUUUGAUCGGGAGGCACAUCUUGUGAAAGAACAUGGGGUCGAGAAGCCAACCCUGAAGGACAAUUUUUCGGUCCUCAAAAAAUGGAGAAAUAAUGAUUCAAAUGCCUUGUCUACGAGAUGCUAUUUAUGGCACGAACUCAAACCAUCACUGAACAUGCAAUCGGAUUCGAUUCACGCUAAGCUUUUCUAUUAAAUACAUUUACAUAGGGUGAAUUUAUUUACAGCAUACGCGUAAACCCGUCGCAUUUGCCCACAGGAAUUUUUUAUUUAUUUAAGCUCAAAAACUAUAAAAAAUUCAAACGGGCAAAUGCGAUGUAUAUACCCGUAUGCUGCGAAUGAAUCCACCCAUAAUAAUGAAUCACGCACGAAUGCAAUCUAAUUUAUUCAAACUACACCUCUUUUAACAACUUUGAAACUUGACAGUUCACACUCUUGAUAAUGAUGUUGACAGCAUCGAGUAACGUUCUUAAGUUUACAUUUUCUUGUUAAAUCAGCUUCAACAAGCACUGAACUGAGUAUCGGACAAAAUUAUUUUUAGUCCCCAGAUGGCCAUGUAACUUUCUUGACUGAGUCAUUGUUUGUAGACAACUUCUCCUUCCUUAAUGUAGACGCUUACGUAUUAGAAAAAUGAUUUCUCUAAUAGAAUCUCAUUCCUUUUAUAGUAUCUUUGUGAACGCUGUGCGCGAGCGACUCGUCAUUGAAGGUAAUAUCUUUGGCGAUCUCAUGGCCAUCAACAUUCAGCGUGCUCGGGACCAUGGCCUACCAGGUUACGCCCAUUAUCGAGAAGUGGUUGGAUUGGGAGCUGUUAAUUCUUUUGAUGACAUUUCGGAUAGUUUCUCUUCAGAGCAGAUUGCAAGAUUUAAGUUAGUAUACAAAGAUGUCAAAGAUAUUGAUGUAUUUCCCGGCUGCAUAGCAGAGACCCCCUUACCAGGAAGCCAGCUUGGACCCGUAAAUACCCAUCUUAUACUAAAGCAGAUGCAAAAGUUCCGCGAAGGUGAUCGCUUUUGGUACGAGAGAGAUGACCACUUGACCGCCUUUACGAUCAAACAGCUGGAUGAAAUAAGAAAAGUUACUAUGGCUAGAGUCAUGUGCGACAAUCUCGACGGUGCCACCCGCACUCUGCCUUGGGUAUUCAAAACAAGAGAAUCUGGGCAAAAAGUGGUUGACUGUGCAGACCUAGAUUACGUUGACCUGAAAGAAUUCAGUCAAGGUAAUUUUUACCAAUUUGAAUAUUUCUAA